CCCGAUCGUAGUCCGAAUUGUUUUAUAUUGUAUUAUCCGUCACCUCAUCGUCAACAUUUCGGUACUGCAUCAACUGCCAGUCUUUUCGUAUGAGCACAAUGUCAUCAGCAAGCCGGGCCAUAGUGUGUGUCGGAAAGGGGGAAGCCGCUGUCAAGGAAGUGCCCAUUCCCAACCUUCGCGAGGGCCAUGUUCUAGUCAAGGUGAAGGCAUUAGGUUUGAAUCCGACAGAUUGGAAGUCCAUUUACAGUGGCGACGCAAUAGGCAUGAGGAUAGGUUGUGACUACGCAGGAGUGGUCGAGGAAGUCGGUUCGGGCGUGACUAAGGCCCUGAAGAAAGGGGACCGCGUAAGCGGGAUGGCGCACGGAGGGAUUGAUGGCGUCAGAGGUGCUUUUGGGGACUAUGCCAUUGCAAAUGCUGACGUACUGCUCAUCAUCCCGGAUAAUGUCAGCUUCGAAGACGCUGCGACUCUAGGCGUUGGCAUCACAACAGUUGGCCAGGGCCUGUACCAGUUCUUGAAGCUUCCUCUCCCAAUGAGCCCGCUCUCCACACCCAAGGCUAUUCUGAUCAACGGAGGAAGCACCGCCACUGGGAUCUUGGGCAUCCAGUUUGCGAAGCUAUCCGGUCUCACUGUACUCACCACCUCCUCACCUCACAACUUUGACUACCUGAAGUCUCUGGGAGCAGAUGCCGUAUUCGAUUACCAUACUCCGGCCGAGGAGCUGGCCAAGGAGAUAAAGGCACAUACCCAGAACAGCCUCACUCUCGCUUGGGACUGCUCGCCCACGCCCGAGUCGACCCAGCUGUCUGCGGCGGCAAUGAGCGACUCCCAGCCAGGGAUCUAUGGUGCCCUACUUCCCGUCAAGGAUGAGGCGCUGAAGGCAGUCAAUCCGCAAGUCUCUGGUGGGUUCACCAUGGGCUAUACGGUCUUUGGCGAGGCGUUCACGCGCGGUGGACGGGACUAUCCCGCCAAGCCACAGGACAGGGAGUUUGGAAAGGCCUUUUGGGAUCUUAGCCGGGACCUGCUGGCACAGGGAAAGUUCAAGGUUGCCCGGAUAUCGGUGAAUCAGGGCGGGGCGGGCCUGGAGGGGGUGCUGAAGGGGUUGGAGGACCUGAGAAAUGGCAAAGUGAGCGGGACCAAGCUGGUCUAUACGCUAUAG